AGGGUUGGUUGGCUUCGUUGCAUCGUAGAUCGCACGGCUGCAGUUCCACGGUCCACACGCCGCCUUCGACCGCCUUCGCGACAUGGGAAACCGCUAGACUGCUACUCCCUGGACCGUGAGAUCGGCGACAGCAAGCCACGACAGCUCCGUCAGCUGUGGUUUUGGGCGCCCAAGCUGAUGACAGAUCAAGGGCCGAACAGCGGCAGCAGUUCCACGGAGUGUGCCGCCGGCCGCCCGAGCGGAGGCAUGCCGCACCACGGGUCACCAGGCUGGCCGGUGAAGUCCAUGGCUGCGUCGGCGUCGCUGCUUUCGUCGUCGCAGCCACCGCCCGUGCCGAUGCCGACGCUUCCCCUCUCUGGCUCAGCGCGCCGGCCCGGCCUCGCCCCCCGGCUGCGUUCGGGGGGGGGGAGGGGCGCGGGCCCGAGCUUCUCUGGCAUGCGCCGCCCGGCGCUGUGGCCCUCGGGGGCGAAGGGUUCCGAGGGUGGCUCGCAGCCGCACUCGCAGGGCGCAGGCGGCGAUGGCACCCUGGCGGACGACGAGGCCUUCGCCGCGGACUUCCAGGGCAGGACCGGCAUGAGCCAGUCGGCCUGCUACCUCGUGGUGCUGCUCGCCAUGGCGUGCCGCGUGCUGGGCGGCGCGUGGCAGGCUAUGGUCAUCUUGGAGUACAUGCGCUACUACCUGAUCAACGACAUCAGCGCCCUGGCGACCAUGAACGCUGCCGCGGAGUGCCCCCAGUGCCUGCUGAAGGCGUUCCUGUUUCCGUGCUGGGGCGUCGUCGCCGACCGCGUCUCCCGCAAGCGCAUGCUGCUGGUGGCUUCCAGCGCCUCCUGCAUCAGCACGUGGCUCCUCGCAGUGGUGCCGUCCAUUCCUGUCUUCGCGCUGACGCGGGUGCUAACUCUGGUAGGCGACGUAGGCGGUUCCCUCCGGAACGCGAUGCUCAGAGAUCUGUUCAGCCCAAACCAGUGGGACGUCUCAAAGGGCGGCGUCACUGGCAUCCAAGCCCGCUUGCGCAUCUUCGGGGUGAUAGUCUCGGGCUUCGCGGUGGCAGUUGGCAUGUCGAUCUUGAAGUGGGGUCCGAGUAACGAGUUCACGCUCAGGAAAGAGGAGUGCGCGGGCCAACUGUAUUGCACGCAACCAGAACAUUUCAGCUGGGAGGGUGGUUGGAGAGUAGAUGGGUCGCUUCGACUUGUUAUGCUCAUGGCUGCCUGUGCGUACACCCUUGAGCUAUUAGUCAUUGUCUUCCUUUUGCCAGAGACCCUGAAGCCGGAUUACAUCACAGCCAGCAGCAUCUGGGGCUACGUGUGGUGCAACAGGCACGAGCUGCUGAAGCCCUGGAGGAGCCUCCGCGUGUUUGCAACGCCUAUGCUGAGGAGUCUGCUGGGAAUCCGAAUGAUUCACUACGUGAUCGGCAGUGCUGGUUCUGCGGUUUUUACCACGUGGUACCGCCGAACAGAGCUGGACACGCUCACAAUGUACACCCUCGGCGUGCCAACAGGUAUCGUGGGCUUCUUCUGCCUCUGUAUGAUCCCUCGCUUGGCCGAGCGGUUUGGAGACUUCAGGGGAAUUUGGAUUCCUUCGAACAUCGUCACCAUUUUGUACGGCGUGGGCGUCGCCCUCAUCCCAGGAGAGUACUGGCAGGUGUGCUAUGUUUUUUUCCCGCUCGUCGGGGGCCCGAGCGCGGCAUUGGCAGGCUCCACGCCCGAGCUGCUCGCCAAGCUGGUCCCUCCGGACCUCCACGGCACGUUCCAUACCGCGAAGUCGUUUGUUUGGAACGUCCAGAGGGCGGUAUUUAUCUGGCCAUGGCUGGGCGCCCUGGUGGUCUCGGAGAACUACCCGUACCCGCUCGAUGCGCUCGCGAUCUGGAUCGCGCUCGUGCUGGGGCUGCUGGCCCUCUGGGCGAAGGCCCGCAUGCUGCCCCGCGACCCCCGGGGCGAGAUCUGGGCGGGCAGGGCGCUGGAGGACUUCUACCGCACGCCGUACGCCCGCGAGAAGUGCCGCUCCGCGCCAGGCUACGACGCAGGCGAUGGCGAGGCGAAGGUGCGAGUCGGAGAGGGGGAGUCGAAGGCGGGCCUGUUCCUCCACGGGGAGGAGGACAUGGGCGAUGGGCUGGAGCAGUACCUGAAGUUCCUGACCGGCACCCUCCCUCGCAAGCCAAGCCUCUCCGUCGUCAUCAGCACGCUGAAGUGCGCGGACCUCUUCGGCGACGGCACCCCUCGGCAGCCUCUGACCCCCAGCAGCUCGGGCACCGCGGCGGCGCCCCGCGCCGCCGCGCCGCAGGGCCGGCCCGAAGGCCUCGACGCGACCGUCCUGGGCGCACCCGUGGACCCCACGACGGCGGGGGCCACUGCGCGGGUGGCCCCGGCCUGGCCGCCCAGGGCCGCCAGCGGCGGCGGCAGCUGAGAGAGGCCACC